UGCAGGACGGAGCGGAGUGCCUGACGGAAAGGAUGGAGCAGCUGUACAGCGUCCAGUCGGGUGACCUCGAUGCCUUCAUUGCUAAUCACCUGCAGCCCAGCGAGGAGUUCAGUAGGAACAUUAAUGAUGUUGUCCAUAGAAUCUGUACUUUCCUGAAAGAGCAGUGCGCCUUGGAGGCCAGAGUGAUCAAGACGGUAAAGGGUGGCUCUACAGGGAAGGGGACAGCCCUGGGUGACAAUUCAGAUGCUGAUCUAGUUGUCUUCCUGAGCUGCUUCUCCAGCUACCAGGAUCAGGCGGAGAAGCGCAUGUCUGUGAUCAGGAACAUUGAGGAGAAACUGAAGUACUGCAAGCGGAGUAUUGCCUUCAACAUUGAUUUCCCAAUCAUAAACCCAAAGGCUCGAUCGCUCAGCCUCAUCUUUCAGUCAAAAAAGAAGAAAGCGGCUAUUGAAGUGGACAUCCUCCCAGCAUACGAUGUUUUAGGACAGAUAACAUCUGAAUAUAAGCCUCCUCCUCAGGUCUAUUUAGAGCUGAUCCAAGCUAAUGGAACUCCUGGUGAGUUCAAUACUUCCUUCACGGAGCUGCAGAGGAAUUUUGUGAAGCACUGCCCUGCCAAACUCAAGGGACUUCUGCGGCUGGUCAAGCACUGGUACAAAGAACUUAAGAAGCAUCUCAAACAGACAAACCCAUCAUCAACCCUCCCACCAAAGUUUGCCUUGGAGUUGCUUACCAUCUAUGCCUGGGAGGAAGGUAAGCGCAGGGCAGAGCAAUUCAACACAGCAGAAGGGUUUUGCACAGUGAUGAAGUUGCUGACUCGAUACGAAGAACUCUGCAUUUACUGGACUGCAUACUACAGUCUUGAGCACCCCACAAUAGGGGCACACGUGAAAAAAAUGCUGAAAGGACCUCGUCCUGUGAUUGUAGAUCCGGCAGAUCCAACACAGAAUGUAGCCAAGGGAAAUGGUUGGCCACUGCUGGCCAGGGAAGCUUCCUCCUGCCUGGACCAGUCAUGCUGCAAAAAAGGCGGUUUGCCUAUUAAACCCUGGGAUGUGCAGCCAGCCAGAGCCAUUCAGGUGACCCUGCAAGAGCUAACUGGAGUAAGACGGAUGGUGACAUACAGUCCUUACACCACCAUUGGGCAGAUCAAGGAAGACAUAGGAAGAGAGCUGCGUGUCUCCAUCUAUGAGCUGGCCCUGGCCCUGGCCCUGCAGGAUCCUCACCAAGAGGCCAUACACCUGCAGAAUGACAAGGCAUUAGCAAAUUAUGGUGUGUUCUACAAUACCACUAUCCUGCUACUCCAAACUAAACCACAAGAGAUAGAGAUUUUUGUGAAAGACCACAAUGGCAGGAGCUCGGUCUACGCAAUCUUACCCAAUGAAACUGUUCUGAAUCUGAAAAAAAAGAUCGAAGCCCGCACAAGUGUACUUGUGAACCAACAGCGCCUGACCUAUAAUGACCGGGAGCUAGAAGACACCAAUACAUUUGCUUUUUACAAUAUUAGGGCCAAAGACACUGUCUAUCUACUUUUGAGGGUUAGAGGUGGACAUGCCUUAUUUUAAGUAGCAAUGUCAAGGCCUACAGACACAUAUCCCUGGGUUGUUUUACACCAGGGAUGGGGAACGAAUGGCCCACCAGAUGUUGUUGGACUGGAACUCCCAUCAGCCCUCACCACUGUCUAUGCUGGCUCAGGCUGAUGGGAACCACAGCCCAACAACAUCUGGAGGGUACCAGGUUGGAGAACACAGCUUGAUGCUGCAGUGCUAUUGCUGGGGUUUUUUGAUUCAGAUAUUAGCGUUUGUAGCCAUAGAGAUUCAUUACACUAGACAUUUAUCAGCAAAUACAACAUAUUUGACAAAAAAAUCAAAUAUAGCAAUUAUAUCAUUUAUCAUACACAUGGACAUAGUUGGGCAGUUUAUGUUCUUAACACAGGGCAAUCCUAUCCUUGUCUAUUCAGGAGUUGAAUUCAUUGGGGCUUACUCCCUUGUAAGGAUGUAUGGGACUGCAGCCAAAAGAACCUAACUUAAAACACAUAAAAGAUGUAGUGGGAAUUAGAUCUUAUAGGAUAGUAAAUACACGUUGCAGAAAAUUCUAGAAACCUGUGUUAAAAUUCAAGAAAAGUUGAAAUGUUAUAAAGUCUUUUGUGUGCUUGGUAUUUUUUUCCAGUUUGGCUGUGUAACAGAUUUUUAUUAGAUACUUUGUACUUAACAUUUGUUUUCCAAUGCACAAUUGCAAUCUGUACAAUCUUUGCUACCCUUAAUAGAAUCAUUAGUAAUAUUCAUCUCUUUUGUGCCUUUAUACCUGGAAGCAAACCUAAUAAAACUGUUUCAUGUCUUU